AUGCAACUACCUUCCGCUGAGCAGUUGGCACAAUGGCCCACCCCAAACUACGAAAAUCCGGUAAGACGGGGAGACGCACUCGUGAUCGUCGACUCUGUCUUUCUGGGCUUCGCUACUUUGUUAGUUGCUUUGAGACUGUACACCCGUUUGGCCGUACGGAAAUGGUUCGGUCUCGAUGAUAUCUUUAUUGUUCUCGCCUAUGCUUCGACCGUUGCUCUCAACGCUGUGAUGUUCGAAGGACUACGGCACUAUGGUUGGGACAGACAUACUUGGGAUGUGCCUUUGACCUGGAUUCAAAGGUCUGCGCACUUGGCAUACGUUGGAAAAUUACUUUACAUUAUGGCAGUAUCGUUCACUGCGUUCGCACUUAUUGCUUUCUACUAUCGACUCAUCGCCGAGAGUGGCUCGAGCUGGUUCAGAAUAGCACUCCAUUUGACGCUAGCAUACAAUAUCGCUGUCUCUAUCGGAUGUGACUUCUUCGCUGAAAUGUUCAUGUGCACACCAAUCAGUUUCUACUGGACAAUUGAUGGACCACCUGGCGCGCAUUGCAUACCCGAACCACCUGUCACGUUCUCUUCGGGAUGUUUAAAACUCUUUUCGGAUGUCCUACUCACAACUCUGCCCCUGCCUCUGGUAUUCAGAUUAGAGUUACGUCGGCGGCAGCGCUACAUGGUUGCGAUUCUUUUUGCCUUGGGCUACGUUGUCACUGGAGCGGGGGCGGCUCGCGUCUAUUUUACUUACAAAUCAUUCUUCACAGACGGCGACAGUAUUUGGUGGCAGUAUCCCACGUUCAUAUGUGCCACAAUCGAGAACGAUCUUGGUAUAAUCUGUGCUUGUGCUCCAACAAUCCGACCUCUCUUUCCAAAGUUCUUCGGCGGGCCGCUGUCACGUGUGAAGGGCUGGAUAUCUACCCACAAUCCUUCCUCGAAGUCGUCUAGAGACGUGUCAGAGGCGAAGAGGACGUCGAACCUGUCUCAGCUCGGCUCGCACAUUCGUUCUUUUGGUCUAUCUAGAUCAACAGAGACCAAUCACGACACUGACGACGACAUAGAACUUGUCAUUCAGAAAAAUUACGAUCUUGGUAAAGAUGGCAACCAUAGUCAUCGAGAUGUGGGGUUUGAUUUCGAUCUGCCAGAAAAAGAGAGCUCCAAGCUCGGAGUACAAGUCAACUCGACUGCUGCCAAGCCAAUGAGCAUGGUCAGUAUCAGUUCGGGUAAUGAGAGUAUUCAUCCUUUCGACCCUCGUCUAGACGUGGAGAAUCAAGCCCUCCGAUUUGCACCGUAG